UCUGCUAUCAUUCACCAAUACCACGAGUAGAUAAACGAACUAAUCGCCUAAUAGUUUCUUCGAACUGUAUCACCGCGCAACAUCUAUCAGUUUAUCGCCUGGAAAAAUAAAAAAAUGCGACAAAAAUUAUUAAGUUUGGUGAUCUUUCUCGCACUAUGGAGCAGUGCUUUUGCCAGUGGAUUAAUCGAUUUAAGCUGCCAGGGCGAUGAAGACUGCGAAACGUACAAAAGUAGCGCCGUCAAUAGCACGUGCUCCAACGGAGUGUGCCACUGCGAGCUGAUUGAAGGCGGCAAUCAAACCGAUUGCACACCGAUCAUCGUCAAGGCAUCCAAUCUGGUUGGCGGUCGAUGUCCCUGCUUGGCGAAUAAUUCCCACUGCAACGAGCAGACUCAGAUUUGCGUAUGCAAAGAUGGUUUCCUUCCGAGCCGGGAGGGAAAGUAUUGUAUGAGCAAGUCCGUUGAACUGGGGAAAACCUGCGAGAUCGAUGAGCAGUGUAUUAUAAACGAUCAUUUUUCACAUUGCGAUGACAUACACAGCAAUUGUAGCUGCUCGGACCAUUUUGUCAUCUACCAGAAGAAGUGCCAUUCCAUUAUUGUAUCAGGCGACACGCCCUGUAAGGAGGACACGGACUGCUUGAAAAAAUCGAACAACUCCAUUUGUCACGCGCAGCAAUGCAUCUGUGACGGAGGAUUUGUGGCGAAUUCGGAGAAUACAACCUGCCUGCCAAUAGCGCAGUAUGAGAAGGAGUGCACCGACUCGAACCAAUGCAUCGGCCAACUUGGCAUCGGAUCACAUUGCAGCGAGGGCAAGUGCAUUUGCAGCGAGCAGUACUAUCCCUUUCCGAUGGAAGCCCACAAUAGUACCAGUGAGGAGCAUAAGAUUCAUGUGUUGUGCAAGCGAAGAGUCACGCAUGGAGCCAGUUGCAACGGUAAUAAGGACUGCUAUCAGUUUCAUCGUGGGCCUCACGAGCAAACAAUGGAAUGCUUCAUGAAUGAGUGCGUAUGCACACGUGGAUUUUACGAAAAAGCAGGGAUUUGCAUAAGUCACAGUGGGUCCUCAUCUAUUCGCGUACCAUCUAUUGCAGCAUGCUUCAUGUUGCUGGCAGCGUUCUAUUCAAAACAGUUAUUCACCUGUUGAACAGCGUAUGUUGUUUGCAUUACACUCAUAUAUGUUAAUUUGUUGUUAUAUUAAAAAAUAAACAAAAAAUGCUUCUACGCUCAACAA